CUCAGAAUCUUGCACAAGUCAUGGCCCUUUUAAUUAGUCUGCUGUUGUUCUUGGCCAUGACUGGCCAUUCAAGUAAUGCUACUUAUUGCUUAUGUAAAGAUGAAGUUGGUGAUCAAAUGCUUCAGAAGACACUGGAUUACGCUUGUGGAGUUGGAGCUGAUUGUUCUGCGAUUCUCCAGAAAGGUGGUUGCUUUAACCCCGACACGGUGAAAGAUCACUGCAACUACGCCGUCAAUAGCUAUUUCCAGAGGACCGAAACGUCCCCAGCUAGCACCGAAACGUCUCCCGUAUCUUUCGGCCGUACCCUGCCACCGUGGCACGUCCCCGGUACGUACUCCGGCCGUCCCCGUACCGUCCUCGUGCCAGGGACGUUUCAGGUACUUAAAACGCUAUUCCUCUGCCGUCCCCGUGCAACAUAG